AUGAGCGCACCGGAAAACGUAAUUUCAUGCCAUUUCUCUAUUUUAAAUAAUUUUGUUUAUGAUGCAUUAGAUCUAGAUCUAGACUUAGACUCUAGAAUUAGACUAGAUCUAGAUUCAGAUUCUAAAUCUAGGUUCCAGAUUCUACGAGAUUAAGGCAUAUCUAUCUAGUCGUUACCCUUAAGAGAAUGUCUGGCUUUACAUUUGGCAACACAGGCACUGCAACACAGGGUGCAUCAACUCCCUUCUCCUUUGGUCUUAACAAGACAUCUGCCCCUACCCUCACACUGCCAACUGCAAAUACAUCCACAGGAUUUUCUUUUGGAUUGAAUAAAACAACAGCACCAACUGCAUUGUUAGCAACUCCUGCUAGCACUUCAACUGUCAGUUUUGGUGGUUUUGGCUCAACUCCAAGUACUGGUGGGUUCUCCUUGGGGACACAGCCCCUAGCGACAUCCACAGUUGGUGGAUUCUCAUUAGGGACACAACCCCUAGCUACAUCCACAGUUGGUGGGUUCUCAUUAGGGACACAGCCCAUUUCUACAACCACAACCAGUGGGUUUUCUUUGGGUGCACAACAGCCAUCAACAUCCACAGCACCAUUAAGUCAGGGUUUUGGUUUUGGCAAACCACCAACAACAUCAGCACCAUCAUUUGGAGCAUCUCUGUUGGGCACACCUGGAACCACAACCAGCACAAAUUUAAGUCUAGGUCUUGGAGGAAGUGUAUUUGGAACAGCUGCAUCAGCUUCCUCUGCUGGCGCCAGUAUAUUUUCUUCUCUUCCUUUAAGUACCUCAACAUCUGGUUUGGGAGGAGUAGAUCCAAACACUGUACAGAAGUCUGGUUCGAGUGCUGGACUUGGAGCAGCAAGUGAUGGCAAAACCCUGAAGGAGUCAGUGCUUCCUGAACUUUUAACAGCUACUGUUGAGCCACUGCUUAAAUAUGUGAAAGAAGAGAAAGCUGUGAGAGAAGAUAUUGCACGUAUGUCCUCCAAGCCCAUGAUCAAAGUUCAGGAGGAUGUCACAGCCCUUAGGCAGUUGUUGUCUGUUGUGGCUAAUGGUCUGCAGAGGAAUGCUUGCUCUGUGGAAAAACUGAAGCAGGAAAUGACCCAGAAACUGAAGAAUGCUGAAAUGGCUCAGAGAACUAAAGAAAUUCCAGCAGGUCUUCAGUAUGAGAACACAGCUCCAACAGAAUACUUUCAACGCUUGGUAGAAGAAUUUGAAGAAAGAAUGGUCACAUAUAGACAACAGAUUGAAACAUUAGACAGCCAUCUUGCUGCUUUGCAUCAAAGCAAUCCCCAUACACCAUCAGAAGUGUUAUCCCUUUUGAAAAAACUCCAUGAAACAUUCAUUUCAUUGGCUGCACAGCUCCAGCAAGUUCAUGAAGCUGUGAAGAGCCAGAAGGAGCAGUUCUUAACUUAUAGAAGAGUGGUCCAUGGUGAUGCAAAGAAUAUUUUUUACAAGCCAGCACCAGUAACGAAGUCAAUAAAGAGAUCACAGCUGUCCGACCUGGCAGGGCCUAAUCCUUUCCCUGGCACUACCAACGCUGCUGCUCAUGCUAUGGCUAUGGUGCACACCCGUGCUCAACAGCCUCAAGGUCCGCCUGUGGCCAGUUUAAUCGGAUCUACUCCAACUUUUGCAAGUGGAAUUUUCGGGGGAAAUAAACCAAGUACAGGAUUAGUUACAGGUUCAAGUCUGUCCAGUGGAGGAGCAAGUAUUGGAGGUGUUGGCAACCUCUUUUCCUCCACUUUAUCUCCAGCGGGCUUUGGAACUCCUCCCACACUUGGGGCAUCCACCACGGCAGCACUGAACUUGGCUGGCACCAACACCAACAUGUCUGCCAAUACAAAACAACCAUUUCAGCUCCAGAAACCACCACAAGGAGCCAAAAGAGGAAAGAGAUAAUGAGCCAUGUGUGUUUCAAUCAACAUCAAACUGUUGGCCUGGUGUUCACAUUCAUAAAGAUGUCUAGGAACAUUUUUUUUACUAAAUUUUAGACUAAAGAAAGGUUUUAGAUAUAUUUGUCUAUAAUCUGUGGUUUUACAAUAAUUGUUAAUAACUAUGUAUUGUAUCCAGAUUGCUUUAUUAUUUUUAUUUUUUUUUUACAUUUUAAUAAUGCAACUGUUAUUAAUAUGAAUAAAGAAAGAUUGAGCCUUUUUA